AUGUUUCAAAAUAUGGUCUCCGAAAGAGUGAAACUAUUUAAACCUGACCUGACCAAAGGUGGUGGUGGAAAUGCAGUGUACGUACACAGAGCAAGUGAAGGAAUUCUCCUCUCUGAUCUGCCUAUAAAUCUACUAAGCAAACACAAAGGACAGUCACAAUUUAAAAAAAGAAAAAUGUCAAUGGACAUGAUGGCAGCCGAACGUGUUUGUUAUGUUCACUGCAACUUCUGCAACACCACUCUAGCGGUUAGUGUUCCAUGCAGCAGUUUGCUCACCGUAGUUACGGUUAGAUGUGGACAUUGUGCCAAUCUGCUAUCAGUUAACAUGGGAGCAUCACUUCAACCUUUUCCUUGUCAAGAAACUCAGCAAUUUUCUACCGUUGCUAAGUUACAGAGACAGCACCUAAGUGUUCAAGAAGCAUGCAACAAGGAACUGGGAUCAUCAUCAAAAUGCAAAUCAUUUGAGUCCGUAGAUCAUGAGCAACCUAGGAUUCCUCCCAUUCGUCCUCCAGAGAAGAGACAGCGUGUUCCUUCUGCUUAUAACAGGUUCAUUAAGGAAGAAAUACAAAGAAUUAAGGCUAGUAAUCCAGAUAUCAGUCACAGAGAAGCUUUUAGCACAGCUGCAAAAAAUUGGGCACAUUUCCCUCACAUUCACUUUGGGUUAAAGCUGGAUGGCAAUAAGCAAGCAAAGUUGGACCAGGGAGAUGGUACUCAAAAGUCUAACGGAUUUUACUGA